CCACAUAUAUAGUGCAAUAUUUAAUUCUCUCUCUAUAAUUCCCUCUCUCCCUUUCUCUCUCUCCCUCUCUCUAUUUUUCCGUUUCUGUUUUUUUUUUUGUUUUUUUUUUCAGGCGCUCUCAGGAUUGUAUUGCGAUACAAGAGGAUUCGGUUAGUAUAGGAUUGUAAGAUGCUAGAACAACUACUAAUAUUUACUAGAGGGGGAUUGAUCCUCUGGACCUGUAAGGAGCUUGGGAAUGCUCUUAGAGGCUCGCCCAUUGACACCUUGAUCCGUUCCUGCCUUUUGGAGGAACGAUCAGGUGCCUCAUCAUAUAACUAUGAUGCUCCUGGUGCUUCAUACACUCUGAAAUGGACGUUUCACAACGAACUGGGCAUCGUAUUUGUUGCAGUGUAUCAGCGGAUCCUCCAUCUUCUAUAUGUGGAUGAUUUGCUUGCAAUGGUGAAGCGAGAGUUUUCAGAUUUAUAUGAUCCAAAACGGACUGUAUAUGAUGAUUUUGACGAUAUAUAUAGGCAGCUUAGGAAAGAGGCAGAAGCACGGGCAGAAGAAAUAAAGAAAUCAAAGCAGUUCGGUAAACCUACAAAUAAUAGCUUGGGUAGGAAACAAGGCCAGAUGCAAAAGGCUGGCCUUGAUGGGGGUAAUAAAAAAAAGAGUGGUGGUGAAUCGGGGAAUGAUGGUGGGGAUUCUGAAAAAUCAAAAGGUCGUAAAAUGGAUAAUGGGCAUUCAAAUGGGAAUCAUGCAGGGAUUGAGAAGUCUCCUGUAAUGGGUGCUGUUAGUGGUAAAGAGAAUGAAAGUUCAAAUUCUGGAGCUUUUGAUGUAAAUAAGCUACAUAAGCUAAGAGCUAAAGGGGGAAAAAAAACUGAUACACUUGUCAACAAGGUACCCAAGGCAGAGCCAAAAAAGAAGGCAACGAAGAAAAACAGAGUUUGGGAUGACUCACCUCCAGAGUCAAAAUUGGAUUAUACAGAUCCGAUGAGUGAGAACUUGGACGAGAAUAUAGUGGUUGUGGCAACGGACCAUGGCGAGAGUAUGAUGGAUAAAGAAGAAAUUAUCAGUAGUGAAAGUGAAACUGAAGAAGAGGAGGAAGCAGAGAAGGAUGGUAAAACAAACUCGACAAAGAAAGGGUGGUUUUCAUCAAUGUUCCAGAGUAUUGCUGGGAAGGCAAAUUUGGAGAAGACAGACCUGACCCCUGCUUUGAAAGCCCUCAAAGAUAGACUCAUGACCAAGAAUGUGGCUGAGGAGAUAGCUGAAAAACUCUGUGAAUCGGUAGCAGCAAGUCUCGAGGGUAAAAAGCUUGCUUCAUUUACAAGAAUAUCUUCAACCGUCCAGGCAGCAAUGGAAGAGGCUCUUGUUCGUAUUUUAACUCCUAGACGAUCCAUUGACAUAUUGAGGGAUGUGCAUGCUGCCAAGGAGCAGAGGAAACCAUAUGUUGUGGUUUUUGUCGGAGUUAAUGGAGUUGGAAAAUCUACUAAUCUUGCUAAGGUUGCUUACUGGCUUCAGCAGCAUAAGGUCAAUGUCAUGAUGGCUGCAUGUGAUACGUUUCGAUCCGGAGCCGUUGAGCAGUUACGGACUCAUGCACGUAGACUCCAGAUACCUAUAUUUGAGAAGGGCUAUGAGAAAGAUCCGGCAAUUGUUGCAAAGGAAGCGAUUCAGGAAGCCACUCGAAAUGGCUCUGACGUGGUUCUUGUUGAUACAGCAGGUCGAAUGCAGGAUAAUGAACCAUUAAUGCGAGCACUUUCAAAGCUCAUCAAUCUCAACAGUCCUGAUCUGGUCCUGUUCGUUGGUGAGGCACUGGUUGGGAAUGAUGCUGUGGAUCAAUUAUCGAAGUUUAAUCAGAAAUUAGCUGAUCUCUCAGCCUCUCCUAAUCCCAGACUGAUUGAUGGAAUUCUGCUCACCAAGUUUGAUACCAUUGAUGAUAAGGUUGGAGCAGCGCUGUCGAUGGUUUACAUAUCUGGAGCACCUGUCAUGUUUGUUGGCUGUGGACAGUCUUAUACAGACCUCAAGAAGCUCAAUGUCAAGUCCAUUGUGAAGACACUCCUUAAAUGAGAAAAUGUGUUGGUCUCACCCUUUCAGUUAUAGUUUAUCUAAGCACGCCAUCCUUCUCUGUGUUAUCAAUUCUCUAUCCAUGCUGCAACUUGUAUACUGUCCCUGUGUGAUCUCAUUACUUUGAUGUUGGAGGUGAAUUAUUGCAUGCUGUUGUUAAA